UUAUUGUCUCUCUCCUUCUAGACCUGGAAAGGAAAGAGCAAGAAUUAGAGCAACUGAGAAUGGAUUGUGAGCACUUCAAAGCCCGCCUGGAGACCGUGCAGGCUGACAGCAGGAGAGAGAAGAAGGAGAAACUCGCUCUUCGACAGCAGCUGAAUGAAGCAAAGCAGCAACUCCUGCAGCAGGCAGAAUACUGUACGGAAAUGGGAGCAGCGGCCUGCACCCUUUUGUGGGGCGUCUCCAGCAGUGAGGACGUCGUCAAAGCCAUUCUGGGAGGAGAUAAAGCUUUGAAGUUUUUCAACAUCACUGGUCAAACAAUGGAGAGUUUUGUGAAGUCACUGGAUGGGGAUGUCAAGGAGCUUGAUUCCGAUGAAAAUCAGUUUGUGUUUGCUUUGGCUGGGAUCGUAACAAGUAAGUCAUUCUUUUGA